GGAUUUGUGCCUGACGUCAUGGGUAGCCACCAUUAGAUUCGUUCUUUGACAAUUGGAGCACGGAGAGUCCAAGCAAAGAUAGCCAUCAGCAUCCCCGCACGGCCUUACAAACGGGAGAGAACAAACAGAAAAGAUGUCGAGUGGACCGUUAUACGGCGCUACAUAGGGAGAUACCUCGUUUUCCUCCUCAAAGCGGCCCCCGAAAAGCGCUGCAGUGGAGAGGAGAAUGCGUCGCUAAGUGAAAGGAUACAUAGCUUUGCUGUUAAAGGGACGCAGUUGUUGCUUUUCUGCCUCUAAACAAACAGUGACAGUCCCACGGGGCUUUGGAUAAAGCAGCAAUAACAACAACUAAUCCCCAGAACGAGCACAACAACUAGGCUACGGCUGCUAACGGCAGGGAACCAAGGACAUAAACCAAUAAUAACAAUGGAAACGGCAGCAGGAACUGGUUUAAGUUAAAGACAAUAGAGAUUUUUGAGAAUAGCGAAUAUUUUCUUGGUAUGUACGUUAAUUUUUGCUUUUAUUUUCUGUGGAAAUGGGAGCUUUGACCAGCAGACAAAAUGCAGGAGUGGAAGAGGUCGAUAUACCGUCCAACUCGGUGUACCGCUAUCCACCGAAAUCUGGAAGCUACUUUGCCAACCACUUCAUCAUGGGCGGGGAGAAGUUUGACUCCACCCACCCCGAGGGAUACCUGUUCGGAGAGAACACCGACCUCAACUUCCUGGGAAUCAGACCAGUGGCGUUUCCCUAUGCGGCCCCGCCUCCUCAGGAGCCAGUAAAGACGCUACGAAGCCUUAUAAACAUCCGUAAAGAUACACUAAGGCUCGUACGGUGUAGUGAGGACCUGAAACUGCCAGGGGAGGACGUGGCAGCGAAAAGCAAAGCCUGUUACAACAUAGAGUUCACCUUCGACGCUGACACACAGGUGGCCAUCACCAUCUACUAUCAAGCUAUAGAGGAGUUCCACAACGGAGUGCCUAUCUACAUUCCCCAGGACAGCUCUCUCCAGUCAGAGACGGUGCACUUUAAGAGAGGAGUCUGUCAGCAGUUCUGUCUGCCCUCCCACUCCAUCAAUCUGUCAGAGUGGGCCGAUGAGGAGUUGCUGUUUGACAUGGAUAAGGAUGUGUUUCCCAUGGUUGUUCAAGCGACAGUAGACGAGGGGGAAGAUCACAUGGGUCACUCCCAUGUCCUCCUGGCCACCUUUGAGAAGCACAUGGAUGGGAGCUACUGUGUCAAACCUCUGAAACAGAAACAAGUGGUGGAUGGGGUGAGUUAUCUUCUUCAGGAGAUCUACGGCAUCGAGAACAAGUACAACAGCCAAGAAUCAAAGGUUGCGGAUGAUGAGAUCAGUGAUAACAGUGCGGAGUGUGUGGUGUGUCUGUCAGACGUCCGUGACACACUCAUCCUGCCCUGCAGACACCUGUGUCUCUGUAAUGCCUGCGCCGACACUCUCCGCUACCAGGCCAACUGCUGCCCCAUAUGCAGACUGCCGUUCCGGGCCCUGCUGCAGAUCCGAGCCAUGAGGAAGAAGCUGAGUCCUCUCUCUCCUGCCGGGUUUAACCCCGUUAUCACCUCCCAGACCUCCGACUCAGAGGAACACUCGGCGUCAGACCACAUCCCCCCAGGUUAUGAGGCCGUGUCUCUCCUGGAGGCUCUGAACGGGCCCCUGAGCGUGUCUCCCUCGGCUCCCCCCCUGCAGGAACUCUCUGGGGGCCACGUCUCAGGGACCCUGCCCCACUAUAGCAGUGAGCCACACCCCGCCCCGGCACGCUCCAUGUCUCCCCUGGACCACUCCAACUCCAGCCAGGGACUCAAACUGAAGAAGAGCGGCUCCAAGUCUCUCUCCCAGAAUUCUUCGGUGCUGCCCGAGGAGGAGGACGAGAAGUCAGAACGCAGCGAAUCAGAAGUUCAGGCCUGCCGCCGGAAACAACAACCGGAGAGUGGUGUAACUCCAGAGAGUGAGAAUCUGACUCUAUCCUCGUCUGGAGCCAUCGACCAGUCCUCCUGUACUGGGACACCUUUCUCCUCCACCAUCACCUCCCCUGAAGACCAAGUGAGCAGUAGCCUGGCCCAGUCAGUCAUGUCCAUGGCUUCGUCCCACAGCCAUCACUCUCAGAUCAGCACUGACACCCUGUCUUCCAUGUCUGGCUCCUACCUGGCUGGGCCGGAGGGGGAGGUAGAGGGGGAGGAGGGGGUAGAAGCAGAGGGGGAGGAGAACCAGGAUGCACCCAUGGAGAGCCGGGGACCCUCACAGCAGGAUGGGGAAGAGCUACCCAUGGAACCAAAAGAACAGAACUUCUCAGUCGCUGUGUCAGACGAGCAGGAUUCAGAGGGAAAUGAUGUCACAGAGGAAGACUGCCCCUCACCUUCCCACGAGCAGGGUGGGCGGAGCAGGUGUCCAGAGUUGGCCAAUAACAAUCAGGGCGUCGCCCUCUGCGACACGCACUGUUUGGGGGGGCUGGACAAUGAGCAGGUUCCCGACUGCCGAUUCGCCGGUCUGAUGUAUCUGGGAGGCUAUAGGCCAGUGUUGGAGCCUCUCCCCCACCACGCCUCAACCAGUAAUAUCAACCUGGAGGAGCAGGGGGCGGAGACUAGGGAUGGCCAGAGUCCCAAACAAACACCUCACACACCACGCCGCGGACCACUCAUAGUGUAACACGCACACACCCGUACAAUUCCGACCUCAGCGUCAUAACAGCACAGACUGAUAUUUUAGCCAUUUUACGCAACCUCAUGAUUACGCAGUAGACCUUCCUCCCUGCAUCUCCUCACCUAAUCAACCAACGCCCAUGUCCUGAGGCAGUGUCCUCACUGAACCGUCCUGCACCUCUCCUCACUGAACCGUCCUGCACCUCUCCUCACUGAACCGUCCUGCACCUCUCCUCACUGAACCGUCCUGCACCUCUCCUCACUGAACCGUCCUGCGUCUCUCCUCACUCAACCGUCCUGCAUCUCUCCUCACUCAACCGUCCUGCAUCUCUCCUCACUCAACCGUCCUGCACCUCUCCUCACUGAACCGUCCUGCACCUCUCCUCACUGAACCGUCCUGCACCUCUCCUCACUGAACCGUCCUGCGUCUCUCCUCACUCAACCGUCCUGCAUCUCUCCUCACUCAACCGUCCUGCACCUCUCCUCACUCAACCGUCCUGCACCUCUCCUCACUGAACCGUCCUGCGUCUCUCCUCACUCAACCGUCCUGCGUCUCUCCUCACUCAACCGUCCUGCAUCUCUCCUCACUCAACCGUCCUGCACCUCUCCUCACUCAACCGUCCUGCACCUCUCCUCACUGAACCGUCCUGCGUCUCUCCUCACUCAACCGUCCUGCGUCUCUCCUCACUCAACCGUCCUGCACCUCUCCUCACUCAACCGUCCUGCAUCUCUCCUCACUCAACCGUCCUGCAUCUCUCCUCACUCAACCGUCCUGCACCUCUCCUCACUCAACCGUCCUGCACCUCUCCUCACUCAACCGUCCUGCACCUCUCCUUGCUCAACCGUCCUGCAUCUCUCCUCACUCAACCGUCCUGCACCUCUCCUCACUCAACCGUCCUGCAUCUCUCCUCACUGAACCGUCCUGCACCUCUCCUCACUCAACCGUCCUGCACCUCUCCUUGCUCAACCGUCCUGCAUCUCUCCUCACUCAACCGUCCUGCAUCUCUCCUCACUCAACCGUCCUGCACCUCUCCUCACUCAACCGUCCUGCACCUCUCCUUGCUCAACCGUCCUGCACCUCUCCUCACUCAACCGUCCUGCACCUCUCCUCACUCAACCGUCCUGCAUCUCUCCUCACUGAACCGUCCUGCACCUCUCCUUGCUCUGGACAAUAGAUGAGAAGCAUCUAUCUCAGUUGCUAAAUCUAAAUCUAACAGGAAAAUCUUGAAGAGGAUUUAACCUAUCCACAGUCCAAAAAGGAGACUGCUAGAGUUAGACCAUUCUCCCCCUCAAUGUGUCAUAAUGGCUUUCUUGUGUUUCGUGUCAUUGGUAGACCUUUGGGACUCCUCCCCUUGCCUCUACCAACCAACCAAUCAGGGGUUAGUGUGAUCUGCAAUCUAAUUAAUAUUAAUGUAUUUCUGUUUGACCUUCUAACGAGUGGUCGAACACUAUAAAAACAACAGUUAGCUUCACUAGACGACCAAACUGGAUUGUACUGGACUCACCAGCUCCAGUCCAUGAACCAGUAGACUCUGGCCCUGGUUUUGCAUGCAGCUCUUUUAUGUCUCCAAUCAGCCCUACUGUACUCAACUGUGAUCUAUCCUGAAUGGGACUUGCCUCGUUAGCUAAGAAACUGGACAUGCUGGUGAAAGGAGGAUUUGAUCCAAAAUGGCGGUGGUAGAUAGAUACUGAACUGUAAAGAAGACUCCAGAGUGGAGUCCCUGAGAAUGUACAAUGCCGAUGGAGGAUGUGUAACACUCAGAGGAGAAUGUAACGUAAUGAUUUGUUUUGGGGUUAUUAACUGUAGAAGAAUGACCUCUGAACUUUGAACUACCACCUGUGUCCCUUGCACACCUUUCCUAAUGCACACACCAGAUUAUCUCAAUCUGACUCACUGGUGUAAAGAGCUUUACCACAAAAACACUAAAGCAAUACAGAACCUGUACCUGUAAACAAGUAACACACAUCACCCUACAAAAACACCUGUGCUGUUCGAUAGACAAACCUGAACCUUCUCAUUUUGUGAAAACCUUUAGUUAGUUUAAUUUUCUAUUAUAUUGUUUUUAGUGUAUGCUCUACUCUUAAUGUCGUCACAUGUUCUGUGUUUUAUUUGUUUAAACAAAAAUGUGUUGCUCAUAAUGUGGAUGAUAUGUGAAAUUAAUCAUUUGUAUUUGAGAAGAAAAAAAAAACGACAUAAAAAAACGGGAUGAUGACACCAACAUGGAAUGCACUUCUUGCUGUUACCCAGGCAACACACUUUGCGGUGCAUGAGGCGAUUGUAGAGUAAAGCAUGGUAGUCUAGGUCAGUCUCCACCCCUGUAGAGUACCCACAGUGGUAUGCUCCACAGAUCCUCACACCCCUAAAGAGUACCCAUAGUGGUACACCCCUCUGACCUUUCUGUUUUGUCAUAUUGUCUCCAAAUGACACCCUAUUCCCUGUAUAGUGCGCUACUUUGACCAGAACCCAAUUCCCUGUAUUGUGCACUACAUUUGACCAGAGCCUUAUUCCCUUUUAAGUGAAGGUAGCGAGCCACAUGGGGCAAUAGGGUGACAUUUGGGAUGCAUAGAUAGUCCUAUAAGAUACACUACAGAUGCUCUCUUCCUUAUCCUCAACUACAGGCUGGCUACAGCUGUUAGCUAGUGUUCACACCGUCAGCUCAUACACCCCUACCUGUAUCCCUCUCACCUACAGUAUACUGGACCAUGGGUCACUUUUGUAGAAUGCUGAUUGAAAAUGUCAACUGCAAGAAAAAAAAUAAAGUUUUUCGAACUAAA